AAGUGUUCUUUCUCAACCGCCGUGCUCUUACAGUGAAAUGCAGAGGAAUAAAUUCAACAUCGACUGAAAGUUAUACUUUAUUGCCUUGUGGACUAUUAUCAUCUGAUACGUGACUGUUUACUCGUGAGAGAAAUAUUAAGGUUGGAUUUGUUUCCUCCCCCUCUGCUGCUCAAUAGUGUGGGAUCCUCCGUCUCUCUCGCAUUAGCGCCUUUCUGCUGCUGCAGUAUGAACGCACACAGGCGGACCGAUUUAGUACACGCGUAUUUCGGUUAAAAUGUUUGGUGCUUGAUUGGGAUUUUGGGAACGACUUCAAGACGGACACGUGGAAUAAUAAAUAAUGUCACUGCUUUGAAUUUCGUUCUUGGGAAGUGCACAGGCAAAGGCGUGUGCUUGUUUAUUAUUGGAUCCAUGAAAUAAAGGAUGAAAAUGACCUAUGGCGGAAGUUGAAUCGCAAACAGAGAGACUCUGAGUAAGCUGGACGGGGCCUGUCCCAUAAUCCCCGCUCGUCGGGUCAAGGGACCAUGGGAGAUGGAGGCGUCAAUGCGGUGGGAGAAGGGGUGAAUCAGUCCCAUGUGUUCUUUGACCGCUUCGUCCAGGCCACCACCUGCAAAGGCACUCUCAAGGCUUUUCAAGAGCUUUGUGACUUCCUGGAACUCAAGCCCAAUGAAUACCGUGUGUUCUACCACAAACUCAAGUCCAAGCUCAACUACUGGAAAGCCAAAGCUCUCUGGGCCAAGUUAGACAAGCGCGCCAGCCACAAAGAAUACAAAAAAGGAAGGGCCUGUGCCAACACCAAAUGUCUGAUCAUUGGAGCUGGACCAUGUGGUUUGCGUACAGCCAUAGAGCUGGGCUUUCUUGGAGCCAAGGUGGUUUUGUUGGAGAAGAGGGAUGCAUUCUCCCGAAACAAUGUGCUCCAUCUUUGGCCUUUCACCAUUCAGGAUCUGAGGGGUCUUGGAGCCAAGAAGUUCUACGGCAAGUUUUGUGCUGGAGCCAUCGACCAUAUCAGUAUUCGUCAGUUGCAGCUGAUGCUCUUGAAGGUAGCUCUUCUCCUUGGCAUCGAGAUUCACGUCAACGUGGAGUUCAGAGGCCUCAUUGAGCCACCAGAAGACCAAGAGAAUGAGAGAAUUGGGUGGAGAGCCGAGGUCCACCCCAGAACACAUCCAGUCAAUGAGCUAGAGUUCGACGUCAUAAUUGGGGCUGAUGGGAGGAGAAACACGCUGUCAGGUUUCAGGAGGAAGGAGUUUAGGGGCAAAUUGGCUAUUGCUAUCACAGCUAACUUCAUUAACCGCAACACAACUGCAGAAGCAAAGGUGGAGGAGAUCAGUGGAGUAGCCUUCAUCUUCAACCAGAAGUUCUUCCAGGACCUUAGAGAAGCCACAGGAAUUGACCUGGAAAACAUUGUCUACUAUAAGGAUGACACACACUACUUUGUAAUGACUGCCAAAAAGCAGAGCCUGCUGGAGAAGGGCGUCAUUCUACAUGACUAUGCCGACACCGAAAUGCUGCUCUCCAGGGCCAAUGUUGACCAGAAGGCUCUGCUGUCCUACGCCAGAGAAGCAGCAGAUUUCUCUACCAAUCAUCAGCUUCCUAAGCUGGACUUUGCCAUCAACCAUUACGGCCAGCCUGACGUCGCCAUGUUUGACUUCACCUGUAUGUACGCCUCAGAGAAUGCAGCGCUCGUCCGCCAGCGCAACGCCCAUAAGCUACUAGUAGCCCUGGUGGGGGACAGCCUUCUAGAGCCAUUCUGGCCGAUGGGCACUGGAAUAGCAAGAGGCUUCUUGGCAGCCAUGGAUGCAGCGUGGAUGGUGCGGAGUUGGGCUCAUGGAAGCUCCCCUUUGGAGGUGCUUGCUGAACGGGAAAGUAUCUAUCGACUGCUGCCUCAGACGACACCAGAGAAUGUGAGCAAGAACUUUAGCCAGUACAGCGUGGACCCGACUACACGGUACCCCAACAUCAGCCUUCACCAAGUGAGACCCAACCAGGUACGGCAUCUGUUAGACACCGGAGAAACCAGGGAUUUGCGUGUCGACAUGGAGAAUGUGGUCAACUCAUCAACUCCUAAACUCAAAAGAAAUGAAAUUCUGCUUGAGAAGCAAUUGCAAGAGUCCAUCGUGCGCUCCAGUAAGCUGCUGAACUGGUGUCAAAGACAGACGGAGGGAUACAGAGGUGUCAGCGUGUCUGAUCUCACCAUGUCCUGGAAGAGCGGCUUGGCCCUGUGCGCGCUCAUCCACCGAUACAGACCAGACCUCAUUGACUUUGACUCGUUGGAUGAGAAAGACAUGGAGAAGAACAACCAGUUGGGUUUUGACGUGGCCGAAAAAGAGUUUGGGAUUUCUCCCAUCAUGACCGGGAAGGAGAUGUCAGUUGUGGUGGAGCCUGACAAGCUCUCCAUGGUGAUGUACCUCAGCCAGUUCAACGAGAUGUUCAAGGACACUGUGCCACCUGGUGAAAACCACAAUCUGAGCCCUGAGGAGAAGGCUGCGUUGAUUGCCAGCACUAAGUCACCCAUCUCGUUCCUCAGUAAACUGGGUCAAAGCAUCGCUAUCUCCCGCAAACGAAACCCCAAGGAUAAAAAAGAAAAGGAACUGGAUGGUCUGGGGAAAAGACGAAAGACCAGCCAGGCUGGACAAUCAGAGGAUGAAGAGUUGCAGAGGGUUAAUCGAGACGACAGGCCUUCUAUAGCUACUGCUCUGGCAGAACGUAAAAUUGACUCGGCUGCAGCAGCGAGCAACAACAACAAAGUGAAGUCGAUGGCCACACAGCUGUUAGCGAAGUUUGAGGAGAACGCCCCAACGCAGUCCACCGGUCUCAAGCGACAGGGGGACUCCAUGCCCGAUUUCGGGCUCAUACUGACCCCCUCUCCGGCCACUCCCUCUCUGAAAGAGUCAGUGCGGUUGGCUCCAGUCCCUGCAUGGAGGAAGAGGCGCACACAGUUACAGGAGCAGAUGAGUUUCCGCUAUAAAGAAAGACUGAAGUGUCAAACUCUCCCCAUCAAACAGGAGCAGGCCAGCAGCGGGACUGAGGUCUUGAGGAGCUGCCCUAAGAAAACCAUUCUCCUUUCUUCUUCCUCACCCUCAUCUUCCUCAUUCUCUUCAUCGUUUCUUCCACACGCACAGCAUCAUGUUAACCAGUCAGAGAUAAACAAGUGUAAUGGUGGUGGUGAUGAAGAGAAUGAGAUCCAGGACCCUUCAAUCUAUUACAGGGAAGAUAACCUGCCUAAUGUGGACAAGCCAGAGCCCAUACAUAUCCCUAGCAUUCAAGAGCGAAUGGACACUCUAGUCGCUAGGUUUAAAGGCAAGCCUGACAGGAAGGACAAGCCACAGGUUAUGAAAAAGCCGUCACAGUUCUUUAUUGAGCAGUGGCUUUUGACCCACAGCCUCAGUCCUGAGCAACCCUUCUACCCUUCUGACCCCCAGCAUCAGCAGAGGGAGAUUUUGCGUUCUGAUGAUCACGUGCCUUUACACAUCGCCAGCAUUCAGGAGAGAGCCGAGAGGUUAGCCUCUCAGUUUAAAGACAAACCAGCAAAGCCAAAGUCUAAGAAAAAGGCGUCACACUUCUUCACAGAGCAGUGGUACAGAGCGCGUGAUGUGAGCUCUGUUAGCCCUCUGCACUCUCCCAGCUCUUUCCGGCAGCGCUAUGUAAAGAUGUACUCAGGGGGUGUGAGCUCACUGGCUGAGCAAAUAGCCAAUCAGCUUCAGGCUAAGGACGACCCCAGGCCCUUGCUUGAGAAAAGGGAUUUGGGUUCCUUGCGGAAGGAGUUCCCUCAGAAUAUUGGAGGCAGCGAUGUGUGUUUCUUCUGUCGGAAGCGCGUCUAUGUGAUGGAGCGUCUCAGUGCAGAGGGAAAGUUUUUCCAUCGCAGCUGCUUCAAGUGCGACUACUGCGGCACCACCCUCCGGCUGUCCUCCUACGCCUUCGAUGUUGAGGAUGGGAAGUUUUACUGUAAACCACACUACUGCUACAGACUUUCUGGUCUGGCACAGAGAAAACGGCCUGCGCCUGCUGCUGCUGCUCCCGUAAACCCCAAGGAGCCCCAGGUGUUGGCGGUAACCCCCAACACAGUGGACGCCCCAGGCCAAGCCAUAACUUCUCAGGCCCCUGUGGAACGCCAGCCCUCAGUGACAGAGGUGAACGGGGUUACAGAGCCCAGCGUGGCCAAACGUCUUAAAGGGACUCCUGAGAGGAUCGAGCUGGAGAACUACCGUCUAUCUAUGAUGAGAGAGGAGGAGCUGCAGGAGGUGCCCGAGGAGACGCUGGCUGAGCACAACCUCAGCAGUGUGCUGGACAAAGCCACCGACAUCGAGGAGGGAUCCAGCAGCUCAGAGUCUGAUAUGGAGGAAGAGGAUGAAGAACCGGAAGCGGCCGGCCCGUCUGAUCUGGGUGGGGUUCCCUGGAAAGAGGCGGUGGAGCUCCACACUAAACUAAAGGGAGGAAGCGACCCUGGAGCAGCAGAAGAUGAUGAUCGCCUUCAUGACGGAGAUGGCGAGAUGGACGAGGAUGAAGAGGAGGAAGAUGAAGACGAGGAGGAGGAAGAAGAGGAAUCGAGUGAUGCGGGAGAGUAUUUCCCCUGGGACAGGGAGCUUCAGGCAGGUCUUUGGUUCGAGAAUCUCACAAAUGAAGAGGAUACCGGUAUAUUUAAAGCUAGGAACCUGCAAAUCCAGCAAGCCAUACAUCCAGUAGACCCUCUAGACAACCACUGGACAUCCAAACAAGCUGAGGGGCUGGUUGAGGGCCACUCGAUGUCACCCUUAGGCUCUCAGCCCUCGCUGAACAACACCCAGCUCACACAGCCCACCUCCUCCACAGCCCCCUCCCACAAAGCCAUGCGUCAUGAGACUGUCAGAGCCUGGUUGGACUCGAUGUCUGGAGAGCCCUGUGAAGAGGAUGAUGACCCAGAAGCAGAAGCAAGCAGUCCUGACUUUGAGCCAGGCACUGAAAUAGAUCAAGAGGACAUUCCCUCAGAUGCAGAGGCUGAAGCUCGUUCAAGUUGCAUAGAUGAAGUGGUGACGCUUCCAGUGGAUAAUGGCAAAGCAGAGAGCCAGGGACAUGUUUCUAACACUGAGAAAACAUCUGCAAAUCCAAGGGAAUUGAUUGUGGACGUUGUGCUGUCUCCAAUCCAAAAACCUGCUUUACCCAUUGAAGAGGUGAAAGAAGUUUCUCCUGUUAUUCUAGUUAAAUCUCCUGGUGCACGGUUUUUCCCUGAGCCCUAUCUACCUGAUAAUGUCAAACCGAAAAUUCCCCUUGAUGCUAAAAGUCCCCAUUCUCCUGUUGCUCAAAUUGUUGCGCUAUCGCCCAUCUGUUCCCAACCUGUUUCACAACCAGAGACGGCGAAUCCCAAAUCUCCUGGCCAGCCCGAGCCUUGUGCCUGCUCUCCAACAAGUAAUCCUUUAUCUCCAAUAUGUACCCAAUCACAACCCUGCCACGAGCCACCCUCACCCCUCUCCACAAGCUCCCCUGUCAGGACUCAGCCAGUCCCAGCAGUCACUUCCACUCCUUUGGCUAAACCUGCUUCUGAGAAGAGAACCAAUGAACCCUUGAAGGAUUCAGUGCCUGAGGAAACCCCCGUCAGGAAAACAGACCUCAUUGAGGAGUUCUGGUUGAAGAGUGCAGAGAUCAGAAAGAGUUUAGGACUCACUCCACUGGAAAGAAGCAAAACGACAGUGGAGAAGAACAUUGUGAAAACUCCAACGUCUGAAUCAUCAUCUCCAAAGUCUUACACCCCAGAGGACUUUUCUGAAGAGCAGAAGCCUACUUUCACAGGCCGUUCUAUCAUACGCAGAAUUAACAUUACCUUGGAGGGUCAGGUUAUAUCUCCGGUGGAACCUAAGAGUAAUGGUUCUGAGAAGAAAGACUUGAGCAGCAGUUCUGGGUUGGGUCUUAAUGGAAGCGUGACUACCAGUCAGACAGCAGCUAGUGACAGCUACAACAACUCUGAUUCUACCAUGCUAACCCCUCCUUCCAGUCCCCCACCACCUCCACCAAAUGAGAAGCCAGCUUCGCUCCAAAACAAAAGGCCUCAGGUGUCCUGGGACAACCUCCUUGAAGCCACAGAGGAACCUAAACCUAAGACUACACCCCCUAAACCGAAGACUCCAGUUAGUCCUCCUCAACCAAAACCAGUUACGGCUCCAGUUCCAGACCCUAGAACUAACCCACCUGUUGUUAUGAGGGUAAAGGAACCGAAUAAACCACACCGUGAAGAAGUGAGAAAGUCUUUUGUGGAGUGUGUAGAUGAGAUCCCAUUUGCUGACGACGUUGAAGACACAUACGAUGACCGCACUCCAGACACAAGUGGUCUGGAAAAAUUUUGCACCCCGCCAACCAGCAAGGUCAACCGGGAGAAACCGCCUUUGCACUUGGCGCUGGCAAUGGAAAAUGGCAAGCCCAACAUACCUGGUGGAGUUUCCCGGACAGCAAAGGGUCCCCAAGAUUUUUCUCCCGAAGCCAAGGAGAUCGCAGAAGAGCGAAUGCGGGCACGGGAAAAGUCUGUGAAGAGCCAAGCUCUAAAGGACGCCAUGGCCAAGCAGCUUACUAAGAUGAAAGAAUCAGAUGCUGCCAAGGGUGCUGUGGCAAAAGUUGCCUGGAAUGUUCCUGAGACAACAAAGAAAAACAAAAAGCAAUCAAACACACCCAAGGACUCUGCAGUGAAGGCUUUGGAGUCCAAAAAGCAGACAGACACACUACCUGACCGUGUCUUCACCACACCAACCAGUAAGAACUUGGACAGUUCUGUCACAUCUUCAGAAAGCUCAACAGGGGGCAAAAGCAAGAAGCGCAGCUCACUGUUUUCUCCACGCAAGAACAAAAAGGAAAAGAAAGCCAAAAAUGAAAGGCUCUCUGGCACAGAAGAGACUCCACCCAAACACAAGUCCCUGUGGAAGACCGUGUUCUCUGGUUACAAGAAGGACAAAAAGAAGAAAGACGGCAAGUCAUGCCCAAGCACAUCUUCAAGCUCUACAACUGCAGACUCAGGGAAGAAGAAAGAAUCACCACUGGACAGGUCCUCAGAUUUACGUCUGAGGAGAAAUCUCAGCUUUUCUGAGGACUCUGAUCUCUCCUGUGACGAUGUUCUGGAAAGAUCCUCUCAGAAGUCCAAGGGUGAUUCUGUUUAUGUACCUCAUGCAUUGGCGUUCAAGAGAUCAUAUGCCACAAAGAAAACAUACACAGAGGAGGAACUCAAUGCCAAGUUGACAAGAAGAGUACAGAAAGCUGCACGGAGGCAGGCCAAGCAAGAGGAGCUCAAGAGACUCCACAGAGCCCAGAUCAUUCAGAGGCAGCUGGAGCAGGUGGAAGAGAAACAGAGGCAGCUAGAGGAGAGAGGUGUCGCUGUGGAAAAGGCAUUGCGAGGGGAAGCAGGGUUGUACACUCUCUCUAGUGUUAGUCCAAAACAGCGUAAGAGGCGCUCAGACUAUUGGGGAGAGUCUAAUUACAGUGAGAUCCUGGAUUUGCAUCUGGGCGGAAUGGGUAAAAAGGACGAUCCAAAGCUGAUGCAGGAAUGGUUUAAACUGGUCCAGGAGAAGAAUGCCUUGGUGCGCUAUGAAUCGGAGCUGAUGAUAUUUGCUCGUGAGCUGGAGUUGGAGGACAGACAGAGUCGACUGCAACAGGAACUGCGAGAACGCAUGGCAGUAGAUGACCAUCUGAAGACCGAGGAGGAACUUGCGGAGGAGAAACAGAUUCUGAAUGAGAUGUUGGAGGUAGUCGAGCAAAGAGAUUCUCUGGUGGCCCUGCUGGAUGAGCAGAGACUCAGGGAGAAAGAAGAGGAUAAAGACCUGGAGGCGGUGAUGCUCUCUAAGGGUUUCAACCUCAACUGGGCUUAGCAUAACAAUGGCGAAACGCUUCUGACCGCCAGCGAUUCCCAGUUUCACUGCAGGGAGUGUAAAAAAUUGCAGAAAGAAUCGGUCUGUCUCUCCCGUCGAUCUUAUUGGGCAUGUCAACAACGUUUACAAAUCCACUCAUGAGCACUAUGAUGUUUAUGAGUUCUCCUGGCACGACUCAGGACGUUUUGUCCCUCGGCAGCCAAGGCAUUGGUUCUGUGCAAGACGUUCUCUCAUUCAGAAUGGGAGAAUGCAUCAAUUUACAGAUAUAUAUUUUUUAUUUUUUGGACUUGAAAAGGGACACAUCAAUCCUGCUGACGUUGAGGAAGUCUGAGACUAAUGAUCCUACAAAAAGCCAGUCUUGUUUUUCAGUGAACGUCUGGUCAAACAACUGCUACGUUUUCAUGGGUGAGAGACGUUUGGACUUGAUUUCCUAUAAUGUGUUUUCUACCUUGACUACUGACUGAAAAAGUACAGCUGUUUUCUCUCGCUUCGCACUCCUCUCCUGUUUAAUAUAACACACUAUAAGCUUCAGACCUCCAUGCAACAGAUGAAUGAAGUCUUCAGGUGUGGUGCACAGAUAAGCAUGUGAUGGACUUCUGUAAUUGACACAGACACCCAUCAGUGACCGACACGUGUUGUGUUUGUAGCAUCGACAAUUGUACAAUUUUCAAAUCUGUCAGUAGCCACCUGAUAUUAGAGAUAUUGGUGUACGCUGGGAGCGCAACUGUCUCGAUGUUACGUACUUCACUGAUGUUGGUUUCCAUUUGUCUUGAAUGGCGUUACCACACAUAUAUCCUAAAAUCAGUUUACAAUCAUUUAUAAUCCAUGAUGAAUAUCUGAUACUUGUACUAUAGUUUACAUAAAGCAGUGGAGUAUAUAUUAGUAUAUAAACUUCAUCAGUGCAGAUAGUUACAUAUAGAAUAUACAUAUACACCCAAUAUGCAUUGAUAUACAAUCAAAUGCAUUAUGCAUUUUGUUGGUUGGUCAGUGGUUUCAAGAACAGUUAAGGCACCCACAGCUUUUCUGACUUUAUUUAGUAUCAAAUCAGAUGGAGAAAUGGUGUCCAAUUUCCCAUUUAAUUAUCUGCCACCAAGGUUUGGUGUCGUACUUUCCAUUUCCUCCAGGUUUGGAGCAACAUGCCUUUUUUAACUUCUCAUGCAACAGCUCUUCACAUCCACGGAGUUUUCUUAUCUUUGCAGAGUGUGUUAUUUAUAAUUGUCUUUGUCAAGUU